AUAGCCGAAAGAGGCUUUGCCUGGCUUAUCCCUUACUUCACUCUCGCCUCUCUCUCUCUCUCUCUCUCUCUCUCUCUCUCUCACAAUGUUGGCCGCAGCGCCGCCCAGGACCUACCGCACCCCCACCACUCUCCCUUCCUCCUCCUCCUCCGCUCGCAAAUUAGCCUCGCCCUCCUCCGCCGCUACAGCCACCAACAACACCCGCCCCCUAAUCGUCAAAUGCUGCGCCGUCUCUCCCUCCUCCUCGCCCCUUUCUCAAAACCCUAAACCCUCUCCGAAUCUCCUCCAAAACGUCGCCAAAACCGUCGCCGGCGUCACCACCGUCACCCUCGUCUUGAACUUGAGCAAUUUUCCCGCCUUCCUCGGAGGCGGCGGCGGCGGCAAUUCCGCCGGCGGAGGCGGAGGCGGAGGAGGCGAUGGUUCGGGCGGCGGCGGCGGAGGUUUUUGGAGGAGGCUGUUCGGGCCGCAGCUGGUGGCGAAUGCCGACGAGCCACAGUCGCAGGAGUGGGACUCUCACGGAUUGCCGGCCAACAUUGUGGUCCAGCUCAACAAGCUCAGUGGCUUCAAGAAAUACAAGGUCUCCGAGAUCUUGUUCUUCGAUCGGAGGCGGUGGAGCACCGUCGGGACCGAGGACUCCUUCUUUGAAAUGGUCUCCCUCAGACCCGGCGGAGUCUACACCAAGGCCCAGCUCCAGAAAGAGCUCGAAACCCUGGCCAAUUGCGGAAUGUUCGAGAAGGUCGAUUUGGAAGGGAAGACCAACCCCGACGGCACCCUCGGCGUCACCAUUUCCUUCACUGAGAGCACGUGGCAGUCGGCGGACAAGUUCCGGUGUAUCAACGUCGGCCUGAUGGCGCAGUCCAAGCCCAUCGAAAUGGACCCGGACAUGACUGAUAAGGAGAAGAUGGAGUAUUUCAGGAACCAGGAGAAGGAUUACAAGAGGAGGAUUGAGAGGGCCAGGCCGUGCUUGUUGCCGGCUCCGGUGCAGAGGGAGGUGUUGCUCAUGUUAAGAGAGCAAGGGAAGGUGAGUGCUAGGCUGUUGCAGAAGAUUCGGGACCGGGUUCAGAAAUGGUACCAAGAUGAGGGGUACGCGUGUGCUCAAGUUGUCAAUUUCGGGAAUUUGAACACCAAAGAGGUUGUGUGUGAAGUGGUGGAAGGUGAUAUCACACAGCUGGUUAUUCAGUUUCAGGAUAAGCUUGGCAAUUUUGUGGAAGGGAACACUCAGAUUCCUGUGGUGAAGAGAGAAUUGCCCAAACAGCUCCGACCAGGUUAUGUCUUUAAUAUAGAAGCAGGGAAACAAGCUCUGAGGAACAUAAACUCCCUGGCAUUGUUUUCAAACAUUGAAGUGAAUCCACGACCGGAUGAGAAGAAUGAAGGAGGGAUAAUUGUUGAAAUAAAGCUUAAAGAACUAGAACAAAAGACCGCCGAAGUCAGCACGGAAUGGAGCAUUGUUCCUGGACGUGGUGGUUAUCCCACUUUGGCUUCACUGCAGCCUGGUGGGACAGUUACAUUUGAACAUCGAAAUCUCAAUGGGUUGAAUAGGUCUAUUCUCGGUUCAGUAACCACCAGCAACUUCUACAACCCUCAGGAUGAUCUUGCUUUUAAGCUUGAGUAUGUGCAUCCAUAUCUGGAUGGUGUGUACAAUCCCCGCAAUCGCUCUCUCCGCGUAAGCUGCUUCAACAGUCGAAAAUUGAGUCCAGUCUUUACUGGUGGGCCAGGGGCUGAUGAAGUCCCCCCUAUAUGGGUUGACCGAGCGGGCAUGAAGGCUAAUAUAACAGAGAAUUUCAACCGUCAGAGCAAAUUCACUUAUGGACUUGUAAUGGAAGAGAUAACAACACGUGAUGAACGCAGCCAUAUCUGUUCAAAUGGCCAAAGAGUGUUGCCCAGUGGUGGAGUCAGUGAAGAUGGACCUCCAACAACUCUGAGUGGUACGGGCAUUGAUCGUGUGGCAUUUUUACAGUCAAAUAUCACACGUGAUAACACCAAGUUCGUGAAUGGAACUAUAGUUGGUGAGAGGAAUGUGUUUCAGGUUGACCAAGGCCUUGGCGUUGGCAGCAAGUUUCCAUUCUUCAACCGCCACCAGUUAACGUUAACAAGAUUUUUCCAGCUGAAGGAAGUGGAGGAAGGUGCCGGCAAACCACCACCACCUGUCCUUGUACUUCAUGGUCACUAUGGUGGCUGUGUCGGAGACCUUCCAAGUUAUGAUGCAUUUACUCUUGGAGGUCCAUAUUCGGUGAGAGGUUACAACAUGGGUGAAAUAGGCGCUGCCAGGCAAAUCCUUGAGCUUGCAGCUGAGCUACGGAUACCAGUAAAAGGGACACAUGUAUAUGCAUUUGCAGAGCAUGGCAAUGAUCUCGGAAGUUCGAAGGAUGUCAAGGGUAACCCGACAGAGGUAUACAGGCGAGUGGGUCAUGGGUCAUCAUAUGGUGUUGGUGUCAAGUUAGGUCUAGUAAGAGCAGAAUAUGCUGUGGAUCACAACUCAGGCUCCGGUUCAGUAUUCUUCCGAUUUGGUGAGAGAUUUUGAGAUGGGACUAGUUUUGUCAGUUUUGUUAAUUUGUCUUUUAGUUUUUGGAGAUAAGUCAUUUGAGAACAUGAUUCAAAUAAUUGUUGUUUUGCAUAGAUUUUUCUUUUUCUGCUUUACCUUUAUGCUUGUAUCGACUGAGGACUGCACAGGGAUUCAAGAUUUUGAUGUUUGUUUAUCUAUCCUCGUUUAUCUGCAGGA